AUGGCUUCCAUGGCUUCCAUGGCCUUUACACCUGGCACCCUCGCCGCCCGAGACGAUAAACCAAACUCGAGCCCCGAGAACCCGCUGCUCGACCUCUUCAAGGACCCUUUUGCCUCGACCCUGGCAUCUUCAUCGCUUUACUCUGCCCUUGGCAUCUCCAUCGGCUUUACCGUCUUCCUUGCCGUCUGCUUCUCUCUCCUCCGCCCUCACAACCAGGCCGUCUACGCCCCCAAGGUCAAGCACGCCGAUGAGAAGCACGCACCUCCGGCUAUAGGAAAGUCACUCUUCGCCUGGGUCCCUCCCGUCCUGCAAACUAAUGAGGAUGUUCUCAUGCACACUGUCGGCAUGGACGCAACCAUCUUUAUUCGCUUUAUGCGCAUGUGCCGCAACAUGUUUCUCGUCCUCAGCCUCGUCGGCGUUGGCAUCCUCAUUCCCGUCCACCUCACCACAGCCGCUGUCCGGGACAAGAGCGAGCUUGGCUGGCUCGUCAACAUUUCGCCCCUCAACGUCUUUGGCCGCGCCCAAUGGGUGCAGGUUAUUGCUGCCUACCUCUUUGACGCCAUUGUCGCAGGCUUCCUUUGGUGGAACUACCGCAAGAUUGCCCAACUCCGCCGUCGCUAUUUCGAGACGGAGGACUUCCUGACCAGCCUCGCCUCGAGAACCCUCAUGCUCUACGACAUCCCCCGCGAAUGCGCCUCGGACGAAGGCAUCGCCCGCAUUAUCGAUGCGGUCGCGCCCAGUUCAUCCUUUGCAAGGACCGCCAUUGCCCGAAACGUCAAGGAGCUGCCCGAGCUCAUUGAACAGCAUGAACAUACCGUCCGCAAGCUCGAGCAGGUCCUCGCCAAGUACCUCAAGAACCCGGCCAAGCUGCCCGCCAACCGCCCGACCUGCAAGCCCUCUAAAAAGGACCACGCGUACAGCUCUUACCCCUCGGGCCAGAAGCUCGACGCCAUUGACUACUACACCAAGCGCAUUAGCACUCUCGAAGCCGAAAUCAAGCAGGUUCGGGCCUCGGUCGACAAACGCAGCACCAUGCCCUACGGAUUCGCCAGCUACAGCGACAUUGCCGAAGCGCACAGCAUCGCCUACUCCUUUCGCAAGAAGAAGUCCCAGGGCGCUACCGUCACCCUCGCCCCUCGCCCUAACGACAUCAUCUGGCGCAACAUGCCGCUUUCCACUUCUGUUCGCAGCCGUAGGCGGUGGGCCAAUAGUUUUUGGAUCACGGUCUUGACUCUCCUCUGGAUCGGUCCCAACGCCCUGAUUGCCAUGCUCUUUGUCAACCUGAGCAACCUCGGCCGUUUGUGGCCUGCCUUUAAGACCGAGCUCGUGGCCAAACCCGGGUUCUGGGGUCUCGUCCAAGGUAUCUUGGCGCCGACCUUGACCUCCCUCGUCUACAUCGUCCUGCCCAUGAUCUUCCGCCGCCUUUCUACCAAAGGUGGUGAUCAGACCAAAACCGGCAGGGAGCGACACGUCAUUGGCAAAAUGUACGCCUUUUUCGUCUUCAACAACCUGAUCGUCUUUUCCUUCUUCUCCACCGUCUUCACCUUUGUGUUCAACAUUAUCCGCAACGCCAGUAACGGAGAAUCCGGUUGGGAGGCCAUCAAGGACGCCAACAAGAACAAUGGCCAAAGCAUCAUCGACGGACUUUUUCAAGCACUGUGCUCCAACGGCGUCUUUUGGGUCACUUACAUGCUCCAGCGCCAGCUCGGCGCGGCUACCGACCUCGCCCAGCUCUGGUCGCUGACCAAGGCUUUUUUCCUCAAGAAGUUUUCCAGCCCGACGCCCAGAGAACUCAUCGAGCUCACCGCGCCCCCGCCUUUUGAGUACUCGAGCUACUACACGUACUUUUUAUUCUACGCCACCACGAGUCUCUGCUUUGCCGGAAUCAUGCCCCUCGUCCUCCCCGCCGCCGCCAUGUACUUUUCUGUUGAUCAUUACCUCAAAAAGUAUCUCAUCUUAUACCGCUUUAUUACUAAGACCGAGUCUGGCGGCCUCUACUGGCGCGUUGUAUUCAACCGCUUCGUGUUUGGCACGAUGCUGGCCAACCUUGUCGUCCUCUUGACCACCUGGGUCCGCGGCGACGCCAACCACAUUCAGUUCUAUGCCGUAAUCCCCCUCCCCUUUCUCAUGCUAGGCUUCAAGUUUUGGUGCGCCAACGCGUACGACAACAAGAUUCGCUUCUAUAGUCUCCUCAAUGUCCACAAGAACCCCGAGGCCGCCCGCGCCCAAGCCGACCGUUUGCGAAGCGAAAAGCUGGCCAGCCGCUUCGGCCAUCCUGCUCUGUACAAGAAGCUCAUCACGCCCAUGGUGCAUCAAAAGGCCCAGAAUCUCCUGCCGUCGGUGUACUCGGGCCGACUGACGGAUGGAAGAGAGGCCGAGACGGGUGAUCUCAUGAGUGUCAGUGGCUACUCGGACAUGUACGCUCUCGACAGCAUGAAGGCAGGCAAAGCUGGCAAGGCCACUGGCGUGCCGGGCUUUGAGUUUGUGUCGGAGAACCACAUGGACUUUGAAUACUUCAAAAACCGGGCUGAAUUUCUCGACGAGCAUGGUGGCGCCGAGUUUUACGGCAUCGAAAGUGAUGCGGGCACGACGCGUGCCGGCACGCCGGUUUCCUUUGAUGAACGCCCUGGAAGUGCUAAGUCUGGUCGCACCGGAACGUUCAGCGCGCCGCGACGCGUCGGCACGGGCAUGUCGGAUACAAGCUACAACCUUUAUCGACCACAAAACGGUGCAAUAGAUGGCGCGCACUCUCGGCAAGCGUCUGCAAACGAAUUGGAUCGCAUGCGCAGUCCGCUCGGCAGCUUUGACAAUUCAAGCUCGACAGGCCUGGUGCAGGCGCAACCCAUGGGUGGCUAUUCCGAAGUUCCUAUGGACGGCAGAGGUAGCCCAGGGCCUCAGUACUCCCGCUACGACCCCGACUCAGGCCGAGCCAGCCCGGCGCCCGUACGCACCAUUGCCGGACAUCGCGGAUACCAGCAGCUUGACGGGGGUAGGGCAAGCCCGGGCCGUAUGAGUCCGGCACCGCGAUCCCGGUCCCAGUCGCCCGGUCCGGCCACGGGGCCUUUGGGCGCCGCCCUCCGACAGAUGACCCAGAGCCCAGGUUCCAGACAGACACCAGCGCCGCGGACGAUGAGCCCGGCACCCCGAGUGAUGAGCCCAGCUCCUGGCCGAGCGCAGUCUCCCGGUCCAGCGGCCGGCCUGGCCAUGCACCAGCCAAGCCAGCACACCUAUCCUCAGACACAGCCCCAACCGCCCCAGGCCCAGCAGCCGCCGUCUAAUGCAUACUACGACGACUUUCAGGGCGUGCCCGGGCAGCCCGGAUUCUACGGAGGGCCGUCGCGCUGA